CUUACCAAAAAUCGGCGGUUCGAUUGACAAAUAAUAACGAAUUUGCCUUGGCGGUGCGGUUCGGUGUGAUUUUGACAGUUUCGACGAUUUCGACGGUAUUAUACACACCCCUAAAUAGGGUAUUAGGGAUUGCGUAUGAUUGAUCUAAAAAAAAAUUUUAUUUAUUUUUUUUAUAUUUUUCGCCAAUCCUACACUGUCACGUCACUGGAGUGCAAAGCACGACUCAUAAAAAUAACAGACCCAUCGGGUCACUAACUAACUGAAACCCCACAAAAUGUCCAAAAUGACCUCACCAUUCUCAAAACUCCCACUCUCUUUCUUCUACUUCUUCAUCACUCUCAUGCCCUUCCACGUAAUUUCACAGUCCCCGGCCACCACCGCCGACCAGACAACCCUACUCAACCUCAAAAAGCUAUGGCAGAGUCCGCCGUGGACAGCCUCCUGGAACUCCUCAUCCUCGCCGUGCACCUGGCCGGAGAUUCAGUGCACAGCCGGCACAGUCACCGGACUUCUCCUCCGCGACAAAAACAUCAUGGGCACGAUCCCACCGUCGAUCUGCGACCUCAAAAACCUCACCGUGCUCGACCUCUCGUACAAUUACCUCCAGGGCGACUUCCCUAAGGUUCUCUACAAUUGCUCCGGUCUCCAAUACCUAGACCUCUCUCAGAACUUCUUCGUCGGCUCAAUACCCUCCGACAUCGACCGGUUAUCCUCUCUCCGGUUCAUCAACGUCGGCGGCAACAACUUCUCCGGCGAGAUCCCGCCUGCGAUCAGCCAGUUACAGGAGCUCCGGACAUUGCACCUGUACAAAAACCAGUUCAACGGCACGGUUCCAAUCGAAAUCGGAAAUUUAGCGAAUCUAGUGACUCUAGGUAUGUCUUAUAAUACUAUGCUUUCGCCAUCGAUAAUUCCGAUAGAGUUUGGGAAUUUGAAAAAGCAGGAGUACUUGUGGAUGACGAUGACGAACUUGAUCGGGAAAAUACCGGAUAGUUUUGCGAAUUUGUCCAGUCUUCAACACUUGGAUCUUGCUAUGAACAAUCUGGACGGUCCACUUCCUCAAGGACUGUUCCAAUUGAAAAACUUGAGUGUAGUGCAUUUGUCUCGAAACAGUUUGUCUGGUGAAAUUCCAAAUCCAAUCGAGUCAAACUUGAUCGGAUUGGACAUGUCGAUGAACAACCUUUCGGGUCAAAUUCCGGCAAUUUUUGGUUCUCUGCCUGACCUUCUCACUCUAGAUUUGUCGGAAAAUCAAUUUUCCGGUCAAAUUCCGCCCGAAUUAGGCCAUUUGAAGCUAACCAAUUUGAACCUUUCUUCCAACCAAUUUUCCGGGAAAAUCUCAGAUGAGUUUGAUUACUUGGCCUAUGAAACCAGUUUCUUAAACAAUUCAAAACUUUGUGCUAAAACCCCAAUUUCAAAUCUCCCCAAUUGUCUCACCAAAAACAGCAAAUCCAACGGCUCAUCACCCACAAUUCUCGUGGUGGUUCUUGUUUUCACUGUAAUUCUCUUCAUAGCUACUAUUAUAUUAACCGUCUUCAUGGUCAGAGACUACCAGAGAAAGAAGAUCAAGCAAGACCUUGCGGGGUGGAAACUAACCUCAUUCCAGAGGUUUGAUUUCACGAAGAAAAUAAUUUUGUCGGGUUUGACUGAAAACAAUUUGAUUGGAAGUGGUGGGUCGGGGAAGAUAUAUCACAUCGCUGUCAACAAUUUAGGCGAUUGUGUCGCUGUCAAGAAGAUUUGGAACAAUGGGAAGUCAGAUCACAAGCUCGAGAAAGAGUUUCUGGCAGAAGUGGAGAUAUUGGGCACAAUUUGGCAUUCCAAUAUAGUGAAAUUGCUGUGUUGUAUUUCGAGUGAUGACUCAAAAUUGCUUGUGUAUGAGUAUAUGGAGAAGCAGAGUUUGGAAAAGUGGUUACAUGGGAAGAAGAGGACUAGCUCCGCCACUGCGUUGAGUAGUUUGGUCCACCACACUGUGUUGGAUUGGGCGACGAGGCUGCAGAUUGCUGUUGGGGCUGCUCAAGGACUAUGUUAUAUGCACCAUGAUUGCUCUCUGCCGAUCAUUCACCGCAACGUGAAAUCUAGCAAUAUUUUGCUGGAUUCUGAGUUCAAGGCAAAGAUUGCUGAUUUUGAACUUGCCAAGAUUUUGGCCAAGUCUGAUGUGCCUACUAGCAUGUCUGCUGUUGCUGGUUCAAUUGGGUACUUUGCUCCAGAAUACGCCUACACGAGAAAAGAGAAUGAGAAGAUCGAUGUUUACAGUUUCGGAGUUGUACUCUUGGAACUGGUGACGGGAAGAGAACCCAACGACGGAGAUGAGCACACAAGCAUCGUAGAAUGGGCGUGGCGCCAAUACGAAAAAGGAAACUCAAUUGCCCACACCUUUGAUAAGGACAUCAAUGAAUCACAUUACUUGAAAGAAAUGACUACUGUCGAUAUAUUGGGGCUCGCAUGCACAGUAACACAGCCUUUUAGUAGGCCUUCCAUGAAGGAGGUUUCACAGAUUCUACGUCAUUGUGGUCCUGUAGAGGGCAGCGAAGGAAAGAAGGCGAGGCGUGAGUAUGAUGUUGCCCCACAUACCUUUCCAACUACAGGCGAUCGAAUGAAGAUGAUGACAAUGUAGCAUGCAUUGUGUGAUGUUAGAACUGGUUACAGAGUAGUUAAUAAGCAGUCUCACCAGUAUUAUCUGCAUCAAAAUCAGAAUUCUCUGAAGAGAGACAACUCACUUUUCAGAAAUCAUUUGGCAAGUCAAAUCCAUAUCAUCAUAAUAAAGGGAUUAGAUGAAGAUGAGGAUAGUUUUAGUUAAAUUUGCAACUUUUGAAGUUGAAAUUAGUCAUAGGUAUUAGAUGAUCUAGUGCAGGUGUUUUUCUUUUUCUUUUUCAUGCAACAUCAAGCAUGCAAAGGAUGUAAAAUUUCUCACUAGUAAUAGUAGCAAAUGUAAAUUUUGGAAUAAGAUGAUUUUCUCUUCCGACUAGGAAUAAAACAAGUUACCUUAUCCCAAUUGCAAUAACAAUUCGAAAAAUUCAG